GCUUAAUGGUUAACCCUUUCUCGUUUCAGAGCGCUGUACGGUCUGUAAAGUUUAUUACUGACACGUGGUCUUCAAUUUGAUUGAAAGAUUUAUUUGAAAAAAACAAUAAAAUGGGUCAUUCAAACAUUUGGUACUCACAUCCCCGUAAAUACGGACAAGGAUCACGUUCCUGCCGGGCUUGUGCCAAUGGUCAUGGUUUGAUCAGGAAGUAUGGUCUAAACCUUUGUAGGCAGUGCUUCAGAGAAUAUGCCGCAGAUAUCGGCUUUAAAAAGCUGGAUUAAACUUUUUGGACUAAUAAGUUUUUCAACAAAAAAAAUGUUAUCUUUUAAUUAAUAAACCUUUUUUUUCUGUGA